AUUAAACACCAGAGGGCGGUAAAUGGAAACUAUUUCUACUGCGAAUACGUCAUUCUGGCGCGAUACUUUGAAAUUGUUGGUCUGGGCAAAUUAAAGGGAGAUAGAAAAGUUUCCCAGCAGUGAAAGUAAUAGUUUUGAUAUUUUAGAAUCGUCUUAACGCAAGUUAAUAAAAAGAUCCUGGUUUUGUAUCUUUGCCUGGGCUGUGAACUUCAAGCUAAAGCUUAAAAGGAAGAACAAAUAUAUACUAAUGUCUUCAGAAGCUGUAGGGAAUCAGAGGCGCCACAACCCAGUGGACAGCAUCUGCAGAAAGAUCCAAACGAUUCAACGGAGGGACCAAGAGGCCAACCCCACACUGCAGAUCCCAAAAUUCCAGUCCCGGAACUAUGACAGCCCCCAGAGUAACCUGAAAAAGAACCUGGAGGGGAUGCUAAAAAACAGGACCGUUAAAAAUGAGAAGGACCUACUGUCCUUUGGAAGCCCAGCAGGCGAGAGCUUGGUCUUCCAGGCCAUCCCAGGCAGCUCUCCUUGCAAACAAUGGUCUUCAAUUGCUCCAACUCCCAGCAACGCCACCUACACAAUCUCUAGCCUGACUGCAGAAAAGAACAGCAAGCCCUGGCCUCCUCGGUCUUGGUCACAGAGCUGCUCAACACCUUCCACCCAAACCGGGGAAAACUAUUUUGAUUUUGCGCAGUAUUCUGCAUAUAGCAACGCUGAGUACAGGAGCAGAUUUUGUGACAAAACGGACAGCAUUACAGCCAGUCCUGUGUCUUAUAAUAUAAAUUUAUGUACUCCCACACAAAGACUGGAGGGUGACAAGUCCCGAGCUCUUGUGGUAAAACGGCUUUCCAUGGGUGAAGGCGGAGCUAGUAGACAUCCAGCUGAAAAAAGAGCUGAUUCCUAUGCAGAAGUGAGCUUGAUCUGUGAAGAAGAUUUACUAGACACCAUUUUUCAUGCCUGUGACACACAACGCAGAGGCAAGGUAUCUGUAUCAAGGAUAGUGGAUUACCUCCGGCAUACAACCAGCCGUGGAUCUGAAGACAGCGGGCUUGAGGAACUUUGCAACAUGCUGGACCCCGAACGCAGGGACAUCUCCAUAGACCUGCCCACCUAUCACGCCAUCAUGAAGGAGUGGAUUGAUGACUGCAGAAACAAUGGUGAUGAGGGUGCAGCAAGGGAUGCAACACAAGGUUCAUCUCAGAUAAUACGGGAAAGUCUCUUGUCAGGAAGAAGAUCUGCGUUGCUCAAUGUGACUGUUGGAAGUUUAGAGGCAUUUGGAGGAGAAGUCUCUAGAGGAGACUUUCUCCAUGGGAACAGGGAGACGUCUGAUUUAGUGUACUGUGUCGCUGAUCUCCAAUUCAACAACCAAAAACUACUCGAUCAGAUGAGAAAACUGAAACUGGCAGUAGAGGUGAUGGAGGAAACCAAUAAUAAACUCCUGGAGGAGAAGGAGGACUUCCGGGCCCAGGCUAAAAGUGGCCAGCAGUCUGAUAUGAAGGUGAAGGUAUUGCAAGAAGAGCUGGAAGAAAUGAAAGUAAAUCUGAACAGUGUGGAGGAGAACAGAGUCAGAAUGGUGGCUCAGAAUAAACAGAUGGAAAGGGACAACCUUUCUCUCAUCUUAAAGAUAAGUUCUCUACAGGAAGAGAACAUAAGGAACACAAUGGAUAUUGAUGGCCUGCAAAAGAAGAUUGCUGAUCUGUGCAAUAUCAAUGCUAAUCUUCAAAUGCAGAUGCAUUCCUUUGAGAGUGUUGUCUGUAAAAAUAAAGCACUUCUGCUUGAGAAAAAUAUCCAUAUUCAGGAACUGAACAGUACAAUUGCUGAAUAUUCCUCAAUAAUGGAGCUCUUAAGAAAUGAAAAGAAUAAACUGGAAAACCACAUCAACAUGAUGCAGCCAGACCUGGCUUCUGGCGGAAUGAGCCUCUCAUUGGCUUACAGACUGAACCAGAGCAUUGCAGGGUCCUUGCACACUGAGCUGGCACUAGCUCAACAGUCUCCUGAGGCAACUUGCAGGGAACGGAUGUCGCCCUCUUUAUGUCACGCAUCAUCUUUAGAUGAAACUUUGGAUAGGGAAGUUCUAUUACUCCUGCAAGGUCCAUUACCUGAGCAAAUGUCAGCAGAAUUCAAGACUAUCAUCCAAAAAAUGCGUCAAGACUUUACUGAGGAUGCCAAUACGAUUGUGGCUUCACUAAAGCAAGUAACUGAGUCACAAAUAGGAAACAAAGCCACAGGCAAGACUAGGCUCGAGGCUUUAGAGAGACAACUAGAAGAGAAAAGAAGCUUUUGGAUUGAGAAUCUCCAGCAGCUGGACCAACAUAAAUCAUCUUUGGAAAAUGAAUUAAUUAAAAUGGCAAGUAAUUUGCGGAGGUCCAGGACGGAGAUCAUUCACUUGAAGAAGGAUCUGUCUUCCAGACUUCAAGAACUGGAGGCUCAAAAGCAGCUGCAAGAGGAAGCGGUCAGAAAGCAGUGUGAGGUGGCCUCGCAAACUGAGCCCUCGGAGGAGCAGCAGGUUACAGAUGAGACCACAGCUCCUGACACUGUCUGGAACGAAGUCGACUCUCUAAGAUGUCAACUGGAGGAAACGGUUUGUGAGAAACAGAAGCUCCAGGAUAAUAUCAGUUCCCUGUCAGUCAGCUAUCAGGGACUUCAGCAGAAAAUUGAUGAGCAACAGACUACAGUUCAUUCACUGAGGGAGAAGUUAUUUAAAGGGCAGUGCUGUGGAUUGCUUUGCCAGCAAGAACAUAGGUGCCAGAAAGGCUUCAGGGCUGGAGAAGCUGCCCUGAAUGGGAGUCGGACCACACUGUGCAUAUCAAUGAUUAAAGGUGCCUCUUGCUGGUACACACCCUUAAUAGAUGCACUGACAUUAGAACUCCUUCAGCUUGAUCCAAGGCUACAGACACAGAAAUUAAAACGACCAAGUGUAAAACUCCAGGAGUGUAAACCGAUAGUUCUGAAAAGGACAGCUGGAACCCAAGUGCUAUUAAGCAACAGGUGUGAAGUAUCUUCUGUUGGUGUUCAAGGUGAAGAAGACCUGUCCGUCACCAGCAUGAGUGAAGUAAAGGAAACUGCAGCAGACCAGUCAUCUGUCAGCGCAGUGCCGUUAAAGAGUGACAACCAUGAGAAGGCUCCAGUGCAGGAUCCCGCUCCAAUUGCUCCAGGGAGACCCGAGAUGACAGGUAGAGAGUCACAGGAGGAGACCGGUCAAGGGGAGAGAAGUCCUAAGACAACAACUGGGAAACCCAAAGAAGGAAAUGAAAGUGUUUCUCUGAAUAAAAGCCUGUCGGUGGAUCCGUCUCCAAAUGAUGGAAGUCUGAGUGCUAAUGAGCCAAAGAAUGAAACGUUAACACCCAGAAGUAAAUUUAAAAUGAACCUGGAACUUUCCAAAGGUAUGGAGGCUAUUGACGAACACAAAGGACAGGAACCACCGAGCAAUUCCACAACUGACACUGUAAAAGCUAAUGCGGACAAUGAAAACGAGGAAGCCAAAAAAAUCAGUACUCCAAAAAAAGAAGACAAAAACAUUUUGUCUCCCAAUGAUAAGGAAAUUGAGGCUGAAUUUCAACGUUUGUCAUUGGGCUUCAAAUGUGACGCAUUUACUUUGGAUAAACGACUGCGGCUGGAAGAGCGAUCCAGGGACCUGGCUGAAGGGAAUUUAAAGAAAGAGCUCAACAAUUGUAACAUGCUGUUGGAGACUCUGAUCCCGCUGUGUGCAGGUGAUAACCAGUCACUGGAGGUUGUCCAAAGGCUGCAGAAGAAUUUGGACAUCCUCAACCAGUCCAUGACCAGAGUCUCAACAAGGGCUGAAUUGGUUGGAGCGAUUCACCAGGAGAGCAGUGUCUGUAAAGCUGUAGAAGUCAUGAUCCAACAUGUGGAGAAUCUGAAACGGCUGUACACCAAGGAGCAUACAGAGCUAGAGGAACUAAAAGUGUCUUCGUUGCAGAAUGAAAGAUCUUUUGGGUUUAACUUAGACAAAGAUGAUUUGAGAAAUAAGAGGUCUCCAGGUUCCCAAUACUAUAAGCCUUCCUCCCAACGACGGGUGAGCAUUGCAGCCAUACCGAGAAAUAAUGGAGGUCCUGUUCAUUUUGACCUGCAAAAGUUGCAUGCAAAUGCAGAAACUGAAGCUAAUGACAAAUUGUCAAGGAGAUCUAGCACCUGGACGUUGUUGGGAGUGAAGCCAAAUCCUCGUCCUGCAUUACAACGGUUCAUUAGCUCUUGCACAUGGGCAGAAUCUGAUGAACCCUCGUUAAUGAAAGGGCAUGAACAUGAAACAGAAUCCCCUCCAACAGAGGAAAAGAAAGAGGAAAUUCAGGAACGAAAGCCAAGCCUCUCAGAAAAGAGAAAUAUAAUAUCAGCAGUUUCAAUUACUUCCACAAUCUAUAACAAGAUAUCUUCAUACAUUGCUGAUUUCCAAAGCUCUCUUUCUAAGACCAACAAAAGACUGUGGAUUUCACUUAUUAUGGUUAUACUUUUUGCUGCUGUCAUUGGCCUGAUCGCUGGCUUUGCCUUCCAACCGUCUGCGGAGGCGGCUCCUGUGGGGACUGGGGACUCUUGGAUGUCGAUACAGCAGCUUCUGUGGCCUUAUACUGGACUUAGGCACAAUGGCCAGCCUCCUGUAUAACAGUUCUUUUAUAGUGUGAUGUUUUUUAGUAGUUCACUUAGUAUUUAAACAACUGAGAACCAUGAUAUUCCUAUUUUAUGUAAUAUACUUAGUUAAAAAUGAGUUGUGUGGCAGUAGUUUCUUGGAACACUAAGUACACCCUUAAUGUUGCUGUUUGGUUUACAGCACUGUGAAUCUAAAAUGAGAAUUGAAAUGGCAUUAAUUUUACACCAUACAAGAGGGAUUUGGUUAAAAAAAAAAAAAAAAGCUGUUUUAACAGAUGUUGACUGAAGUCUCAUUUUGUUACUGAUGUUUCUCUAAAGAAAAGGGUGGGAUAUUUACCCUUUGGGUAUCUGUACCAGAAGAAGCUGCCUUUUUUAAUGAACAUUUUUAAUAACUCAUCAACAUCCUGUUUUUUUUUUUUUGGUUUUUUUUCUUGCAGUGUAAUAUCAUGGGAUAUUUUUAAAUGUUUUGAUGUAAACAACAUUAACUUUACUUUUGUCUAGUGGAGCAUUCAAUUGUGUUCUUUAAGUUGCAGGUGGGACACACUUUUUUUGUUAUGUAAAUGAUUUGUUUAGAAAUUUGCAAUUUCAGAGACUGAAUGUUAAAAGAAAUUGCAACUUAUUUUUUUUCAGAAAAAGAUGUGCACAAUAAAGUAAUUCUAUAAUAAAGUAUGAUAAAUCACUAGUAAGAUAGAACUUUGGUCGCAAUCAAAAGCUUUUGCACACAGUCAAUAAAAAGAGAGUGAGAUUGA